UAUAAACCGGCGGGGCGCGGGAGCGGGGCAGGCUUUGCCGGGGCCGGGGUGCACCCCUGCCUGCACCCCUGCCUGCACCCCUGCCUGCAGCCCGGCCGGCCGGAGCUCGUCGCGAUGGCGAGGGGGCGGCUGUCGGGGGGCGCCUGGGGGGCCCUGGUGCUGCUGGGGCUGAUGCUGCCGGCGGGCGCCUGGUACAAGCACGUCGCCAGCCCGCGGUACCACACGGUGGGACGCGCCUCGGGGCUGCUCAUGGGCGUCCGCCGCUCCCCCUACCUCUGGCGCCGGGAGCUGCCGGCCGAGCCCCCCCGCCGCCCCGGGGGAGCCGCCCCCGCCGCCGCCCCGCCGCCCCCGGGCCGCCCCGACGGGGAGACCCCGCCGCCGGCCCCGCCGCCGCCGCCCGGCCCCGGCCCCGGCCGCCUCCUCCAGCGCCUGCUCCGGCGGGGCUGGGGCUGGGGCGGCCCCCGCCCGGCCCCGGCCCAGCUCAGCUUGUCCCACUUGAAGACAUGGCUCUGAUCCGCUGAAGGGGCCCAGCAGCGGUGCUUCAAGCGCCGGCGGAGCAGUGACUGCCCGAGGUGGAAACCGUUCACCCUAGCUGGCGAGGAAGAGUCUCGUCGGCGGAUCUCCUGGUACUCUGACCUCUCUGAAACCACACUGACAAUUGCAUUCCAAAAAAUCUGAUUUUUCGUGGCCGCUGUCCAGAUGCAGUGGUAAAUUCAUCUUGUUUUCAGGUCAACCUAGUGCUAUAAACUUGGGGAGAAAUAAACAGGGAAGAUAUUUAUUUUUGUUUAUUUUUUUUAGAUUUCUGUACUAGCUUGUUUGCAAUAUGAUACAAACAUGUACUGUUUGCUUCCUACGAACCUGCACUCAUUAAAAUGAGAAUCGAUCAAAGGAAA